AUGCCGCCGAAGCUUCCAAUUCUUGUCAGUUCGGCAGCAGCGUCAAUACUUCUGGCGCACUACACGCCUGCCUACGCUCCAGGCUCGCGUCUCCAGACUUUCUUCCUCAUCGCCUUCACAGAGUUUAUCGCGUGGGCCACAUGGCGAGUGGUCAUAUACCCUAAUUUCUUCAGCCCCUUGAGAGAUCUCCCUGAACCUUCGGGGGCCAGUUGGUGGAAUGGCCAUGCAUCCACGAUAAUGGCACAGCCAUCAGGUCAUCCGAUGCGUGAAUGGAUAGAUACGAUUCCAAAUGAUGGCAUCAUUCGCUACACCAACUGGUUCAAUUCUGAGAGGGUGUUCUUGACCAAUCCAAAGACUCUUGCUGAGGUCCUUUCAAGCAAGAACUACGAGUUCAUCAAGCCAGCGCAUUUCCUUGACAUCAUUGGCAAGAUUCUAGGCAUCGGAUUGUUGUUCGCAGAGGGCGAUGAACAUAGAACUCAACGCAAGAAUCUCAUGCCCGCCUUCUCAUACAGACACAUCAAAGACCUUUAUCCCGUGUUCUGGUCGAAGUCAAAGGAAAUGGUCGAAAGAAUGUCUAUCGCAAUGCAAGACUCGUCUACCCAGGAUGGGAGCUCUGCCAAUGUCGUCGAAGUCAGUGACUGGAGCAGCCGAGCUACAUUGGAUAUCAUUGGAGUUGCCGGAAUGGGGCGUGAUUUUGAAGCUCUCCAGAACCCAGACAAUGAACUGAACAAGACUUACAAGACUAUCUUCCACCCACCCAAGUCUGCCAGAUAUAUGCAGGUCGCCGGCAUGUUUUUGCCUCGCUGGUUCCUCAAGAAUCUGCCGCUCAAGCGCAAUGACGAGAUCUCAGAGGGGUCUGCUCUGAUCAAACAGACGUGUCGCGACUUGAUUGCUGCAAAGAAGAUUCGCAUGGAGAAGGGUGCUGCAGAUGAGACCGACAUCCUUAGUGUCGCUCUGAGAAGCGGAAGCUUUGACGACGAGAACCUUGUCAGCCAGAUGAUGACUUUCCUUUCAUCCAUGCAAUGGGCUAUCUACAUGUUGUGUCGCCAUCCCGAGGUACAGACGCGCUUGCGUGAAGAGGUACAUUCGAAACUGCCUUCGGUGCGCGAUCCUCAGGCCCAGAUCACGGCUGCCGAUAUCGACAACUGCCACUAUCUUCAAGCAGUCUGCAAGGAGACUCUUCGUCUCUGGGCUCCUGUGGCUCUAACCAUGAGAGUCGCUGCUCAGGAUGAGACUAUCGGUGGGCAUCCCAUCCCCAAGGGAACGCUCGUUGUCCUCGCUCCACUGGCAAUCAACUGUAGCAAACACCUUUGGGGUGACGAUGCCAUGGAGUUCAAGCCUGAACGCUGGUUGACGGAUGGCGUCAGCAACAAGAACGGCGGUGCCGAGUCCAACUACAGCUUCAUGACCUUCCUUCACGGGCCAAGAUCGUGUAUCGGUCAAGGAUUUGCCAAUGCCGAGUUUGCUUGUCUUCUUGCAGCCUGGUGUGGCAAGUUUGAGACGGAGUUUGAAGACAGGGAUUACGUUCUAGAAGUCAAGAGCGGCAUCACUUCUCGACCCAAGAAUGGUUUACGGGUCAAGUUGACAGAGGUUGAAGGAUGGUAG